AUGGAGAAAGCUAAGGCCAAAUUGUCCGUGAGUGAAUCCAAAAGCAAAGGGUCAGAUAACAUUGUGGCACAAACGUUUACAUUCUCGGAGCUAGCUACUGCCACUAGAAACUUCAGAAAAGAAUGCCUUAUAGGGGAAGGAGGAUUUGGUAGAGUUUACAAAGGAUACUUACCAAGCACUAGCCAGACAGCGGCCAUCAAGCAGCUCGAUCACAAUGGUUUACAAGGAAACAGAGAGUUCCUCGUCGAGGUUCUGAUGUUGAGUCUUCUUCAUCAUCCGAAUCUUGUUAACCUAAUUGGAGAUCAAAGGCUUCUGGUGUAUGAGUACAUGCCUCUAGGGUCACUGGAAGAUCAUUUGCACGCAGGUGCUGGAAAAGGGUUGGAGUAUCUGCACGACAAAACCAUGCCUUUAGUGAUCUAUCGGGAUUUGAAAUGCUCCUAUAUUUUGCUCGGCGAUGACUACUAUCCGAAGCUAUCUGACUUUGGUUUGGCUAAACUUGGCCCAGUGGGUGACAAGUCUCAUGUGUCGACUCGGGUUAUGGGAACAUACGGAUACUGUGCUCCUGAGUACGCAAUGACAUGUGCUCCUGAGUAUGCAAUGACAGGCCAGUUAACACUCAAAUCAGAGCAGGAGCUGGUAUUCAGUAGCUGGUUAGGAGCUGUUUGUAGAUAUGUGUAGGAGAGAGAGAGAGAGAGAGAGAGAGAGAGAGAGAGAGAGAGAGAGAGAGAGAGAGAGAGAGAGAGAGAGAGAGAGAGUCUGAUUUACAGACAUGUAUACGACUUUUUAUUUGAACGAAAGGACUCCCAAAAAAUCCAGAGUUGCUAGAAAGAAAAAUCAAAUGAGACCACCAGUAACUUUGUAGUGUCACAAGUGAUGUAUUCACACAAGUCGUUCGUAGUUGGAAUAUGUCUGCAUCAAUCCAAAACCAACCUUGCUAUCUUCACAAGCUAUGGAAACUGACGAUCCAAUCGAGCGAGCAGAUGUUCUUUCAGCGGUGGAUGUAUAUAACACCGGUAGUCAAAACCACAGAGUCUGGUGAGGGAAUUGAGCAAAUCAAUCCUUGAGUUUUCAAUCAGCAGAAUCCUUGACUCCAUUCGAGCAACCUGCAAAUCAAUAGGAAAUUUGUUUUGUUCACUUUUGUUGUCAGGCUUGUAAACUCAAAAUUCAGAUUAGAAAUGAACCUUGUUGUUGACCACUGAUUCCAAACGCGCUAUGGACUCCGUCACUUGAGAAUCCCAGAGAUGUGUCGCCUCACG